GGGAGCCCUGGGCCAAGAAAGCAAAGAGGGACCUCGGCUGCGGAGUGGAGGUGCGACCCUGCUGUGGCUCGGAGAAGCACCGCGGGAGCCUGGCCUUGUGCUCAAGUCCCCCGGUCCCCUCGCGUCCAUGAGGGUCCCGGCGUCUGCGCUCUGCUGGCUGCUUUGUGUCUGGCUGCCCCAGGGUGAGCCGGCGGCUGAGUCCCUGCGGGUGCAGCGUCUCGUCGCAGCACCGGCUCCAUGGAGCAGUGCAGAGCUGCGGCGAGAGCCAGCCGGGGAACCCAGCAGCAGCCACCAGGAGGUGGCCAUUGCCAUGGGGGAUGCUGUCACAGUGAUGCGAGGCCAGCAGCCUGAAGCCCUGGACGCUGCGGCCAUGUCUUCCUGGGAAAGGCGGCUCCAUCGAGCCAAGUGUGCCCCGUCCUACUUGUUCUCCUGCUUCAAUGGUGGUGAGUGUGUGCACCCGGCCUUCUGUGACUGCAGACGCUUCAAUGCCACUGGACCUCGCUGCCAGAUGGUGUACAAUGCCGGCCCUGAGAGGGACAGCAUUUGCCGGGCGUGGGGGCAGCACCACGUGGAGACAUUUGACGGGCUCUACUACUACUUUGCUGGGAAGGGCAGCUACACACUGGUGGGGCGCCAUGAGCCUGAGGGAGAGAGCUUCUCUAUCCAGGUGCACAACGACCCGCAGUGCGGCUCUUCCCCCUACACCUGCUCCAGGGCUGCCAGCCUCUUCUUUGCCGGUGAGCAGGAGAUCCAUCUGGCCAAGGAGGUCACCCAUGGAGGUGUGAGGGUCCCACUGCCACAUGUGAUGGGGAGCGUACGUCUGCAGCGGCUUGCCGGCUACAUCAUCGUGCGGCAUCAGUCAGCCUUCACCCUGGCCUGGGAUGGCGCCUCGGCUGUCUACAUCAAGAUGAGUCCCGAGUUCAUGGGCUGGACCCAUGGGCUAUGCGGGAACAACAAUGCUGACCCCCAGGAUGACCUGGUGACCCGCUAUGGGAAGCUGACUGACGAUGUGGCUGAGUUUGUGCACAGCUGGCAGGAGAAGGCCCCUAACCAGCCUCCAGGGCCCACAACCUCCUCCCUGCCUCGCCCACCAUGCCUGCAGCAGAGCCCAGGAACCAUGCAGGGUGUGUAUGAGAAAUGUGAGGCUCUCCUGCGGCCCCCCUUUGAUGCCUGCCAUGCCUACGUCAGCCCUCUGCCCUUCACAGCCAGCUGCACCAGUGAUCUUUGCCAGUCAAUGGGUGAUGAGGCCACCUGGUGCCGGGCACUGGCAGAGUAUGCCCGGGCAUGUGCCCAGGCAGGGCGGCCCCUGCAGGGCUGGAGGACCCAGCUCCGGCAAUGCACUGUGCACUGCAAGGAGAAGGCCUUUACCUACAACGAGUGCAUCGCCUGCUGCCCUGCCUCCUGCCAGCCCCGGGCGUCCUGCGUGGACAGUGAGAUCGCCUGUGUGGAUGGCUGCUACUGCCCCAAUGGGCUCAUCUUCGAGGAUGGGGGCUGUGUGGCACCAGCUGAGUGUCCCUGUGAGUUUCACGGGACUAUGUACCCACCUGGCUCUGUGGUGAAGGAAGACUGCAAUGCUUGCACAUGCACUGCGGGCAAGUGGGUGUGCAGCACAGCUGUCUGCCCAGCUGAGUGCUCAGUGACUGGUGACAUUCACUUCACAACCUUUGACGGCCGCCGGUACACGUUCCCCGCCACAUGUCAGUACAUCCUGGCCAAGAGCCGCUCCUCGGGCACCUUCACCGUGACAUUGCAGAACGCCCCGUGUGGCCUGAACCAAGAUGGAGCCUGUGUCCAGUCAGUGUCAGUGAUUCUGCAUCAGGACCCUCGGAGGCAGGUGACCCUGACCCAGGCAGGGGAUGUCCUUCUGUUUGACCAGUACAAGAUCAUCCCGCCAUACACGGAUGAUGCCUUUGAGAUCCGUAGGCUGUCCUCCGUGUUCCUGCGGGUGAGGACGAAUGUGGGCGUGCGUGUGCUCUAUGAUCGUGAGGGGCUGAGGCUGUACCUACAGGUGGACCAGCGAUGGGUGGAGGACACCGUGGGCCUCUGCGGCACCUUCAAUGGCAACACGCAGGACGACUUCCUGUCCCCAGUGGGUGUACCUGAGAGCACCCCACAGCUCUUUGGCAAUUCCUGGAAAACGCUUUCUGCUUGCUCCCCGCUGGUCCCUGGCUCCCCACUGGACCCCUGCGAUGUACACCUGCAAGCUGCCUCCUACUCAGUGCAGGCCUGCAGUGUGCUCACGGGGGAGCUGUUUGCACCCUGCUCUGCGAUCCUGAGCCCUGUGCCCUACUUUGAGCAGUGCCGCAGGGACGCCUGCCGCUGCGGGCAGCCCUGCCUAUGCACAACGCUGGCCCACUACGCCCACCUGUGCCGACGCCAUGGGCUCCCUGUUGACUUCCGUGCCCGCCUGCCAGCCUGCGCACUGUCCUGUGAGGCCACCAAGGAGUAUAGCCCCUGCGUGGCCCCGUGUGGACAAACCUGCCAGGACCUGGCCAGCCCUGAGGCCUGUGGGGUUGAUGGUGGCGAUGACCUGAGCAGGGACGAGUGUGUGGAGGGCUGUGCCUGCCCACCAGACACCCAUCUGGACACCCAGGCUGACCUCUGUGUUCCCCGGAACCAGUGCUCCUGCCACUUCCAGGGAGUGGACUAUCCCCCCGGAGAUAGCGACAUCCCAUCCCUGGGCCACUGCCACUGCAAAGAUGGAAUCAUGAGCUGUGAUAGCAGAGCUCCAGCUGCUGCCUGCCCAGCAGGCCAGGUCUUCGUGAACUGCAGCGACCUGCACAUGGACCCAGAGCUGAGCAGGGAGAGGACGUGCGAGCAGCAACUGCUGAACCUGAGUAUGUCGGCCCGUGGCCCCUGCCUCUCGGGCUGCGCCUGUCCCCAGGGUCUGCUCAGACACGGGGAUGCAUGUUUUCUGCCAGAGGAGUGCCCCUGCACUUGGAAGGGGAAGGAGUACUUCCCUGGGGACCAGGUGAUGUCUCCUUGCCAUACCUGUGUGUGCCAGCGGGGUUCAUUCCAGUGCACCCUCCAUCCUUGCGCCUCCACCUGCACUGCCUAUGGAGACCGGCAUUACCGCACGUUUGAUGGGCUCCCGUUUGACUUCGUGGGGGCAUGCAAAGUGCACCUGGUCAAGAGCACAUCAGAUUUCGGCUUCUCUGUGAUGGUAGAGAAUGUGAACUGCUACAGCUCUGGCAUGAUCUGCAGGAAAUGUAUUUCCAUCAACGUUGGGAACUCACUCAUUGUCUUUGAUGAUGACUCCGGAAAUCCUAGUCCAGAGAGUUUCCUGGAUGACAAGCAGGAGGUCCACACGUGGCGAGCAGGAUUUUUCACACUGGUGCAUUUCCCACGGGAGCACAUCACCCUCUUGUGGGACCAGAGAACCACAGUGCACGUCCAGGCUGGGCCUCAGUGGCAGGGCCAGCUGGCGGGCCUCUGUGGGAACUUUGACUUAAAAACCAUCAAUGAGAUGAGGACCCCGGAGAACCUGGAGUUGACUAACCCCCAGGAGUUUGGCAGCAGUUGGGCUGCAGUUGAGUGCCCAGACACCCUUGAUCCUCGGGAUACGUGUGUCUUGAAUCCUCUCCGAGAACCAUUUGCCAAGAAGGAGUGCAGCAUCCUGCUCAGUGAGGUGUUUGAGAUCUGCCACCCGGUGGUUGAUGUCACCUGGUUUUACUCAAACUGCCUGACGGACACAUGUGGCUGCAGCCGGGGUGGUGACUGUGAGUGCUUCUGUGCCAGCGUCUCUGCUUAUGCCCAUCAGUGUUGCCAGCACGGGGUGGCUGUUGACUGGCGAACCCCGCGCCUCUGCCCGUAUGACUGUGACUUCUUUAACAAAGUGCUAGGUAAGGGCCCCUACCAGCUGUCCAGCUUGGCAGCCGCUGGUGCCCUAGUGGCCAUGAAGGCAGUGGGCGAUGACAUAGUCCUAGUGAGGACGGAGGAUGUGGCGCCAGGGGACAUUGUGAGCUUCCUGCUGACAGCUGCUCUGUACAAGCCCAAGGCCCAUGACCCAGAUGUGGUGUCCCUGGAGGCAGCAGACAGACCCAACUUCUUCCUGCACGUCACAGCCAACGGGUCUCUGGAGCUGGCUAAGUGGCAGGGCCGCGACGCCUUCCAACAGCGUGCCUCCUUCUCGCUGCACCGGGGGAUGUGGCAGGCAGGCCUGGUGGCCCUGGAGUCCCUGGCCAAGCCCGGCUCCUUCCUCUAUGCGUCGGGCCUGGUGCUGUCCCUGCGGCUGUAUGAGCACACGGAGGUGUUCCGCCGGGGCACCCUCUUCCGCCUUCUGGAUGCCAAGCCCUCGGGGGCUGCCUACCCCAUCUGUGAGUGGCGCUACGAUGCCUGUGCCAGCCCCUGCUUCCAAACCUGCAGGGACCCACGGGCAGUCAGCUGCCGGGACGUACCCAGGGUAGAAGGCUGUGUCCCUGUGUGCCCCACUCCCAAGGUCCUGGAUGAAGUCACACAGAGAUGUGUCUACUUGGAGGAUUGCGUGGAGCCAGCAGUUUGGAUUCCCACAGAGGCCCUUGGCAAUGAGACCCUCCCUCCCAGUCAAGGGCUGCCCGCUUCUGGUGAUGAGGAGCCGCAGCUGCCACAGGAAAGCCCCAGGACCCCCACCCACAGGCCGGCCCUCACCCCAGCCGCCCCGCUCACCACAGCCCUGAACCCACCAGUGGAAGCCACUGAGGAGCUAGUGGGGUCUCCAGGUGCCACCCAGUCCACUCUGCAGCAGCCUCUGGGGCUCACUGCAUCUCAACUCCCUGCCCACCCCACAGAAGCCCCAGCCAGCAAGGGAGUGACUGCCAGCCUCCUGGCCAUCCCCCGCAUCCCAGAGUCCUCAUCCCUACCCACUGCACUGCAGACACCCACACCUGGCAUGGUGUUGGGUGCCAUGGAGACGACAAGGGUGACUGUGAUCUUUGCAGAAAGCCCCAACAUCACAGUCUCCUCCCGGUCGCCCCCUGCCCCUCGAUUCCCGCUCAUGACCAAGGCUGUGACAGUCCCAGGCCAGGGCUCCUUGCCUGUUAGGACGACACCCCUACAGCCCUCCUUGACAGCAAGUCCCUCCUCCAGACCCGCGGCCUCCCCUGGAGCGAUCUCCAGGUCCCCCACCUCCUUGGGAUCCCACAAGGCUGUGCUGACACCUGAAGUAACUAAGGUCAUAAGCAGGACAGGGGUCCCCCAGCCCACCCAGACCCAGAGUGCUUCAAGUCCCAGCAGCUUCCUAACCAUGGCUAGCACAGCAGCAGAGCAGGUUCCCAUCAGUCCCCUUGCAACCAGCAGCGUGGAGCUGGAGCUGUCCACAGAGAAGGGCGAAGCGGGGUACAGCCAGCCCACGGGCUUGCCUGCCUCCCCACAGCCACACCCACUCCCCACUGCACUGCCCCGCCCAGCCCAGCAUACUGCCACAGCCACCAGGCCUCCAGCUCUGUCCCCAGCUGCCGCCAGCCUGUCAACAGUCACUCAUGGGCUGGGAGCCACACCCUUGGUAUCCCUUGAAUCAACUCGUCCCUCCCAGCUCCUCUCUGGCCUGCCUCCUGACACCAGCCUGCCCCUGGCCAAGGUGGGCACAUCUGCCCCAGUGGCCACACCUGGCCCCAAAGACUCUGCCAUCACCACUCCUCUCCAGCCACAGGCCACAUCACUCGCUUUGGCCACGACUCUGGCUGCUCAGACGUUUAGCCCAGCACUGCCUCUCACUCCAACUGCAGUGGCCCAGACACACCCACCUGCCCACACAGCACCCCUGGCAGCAGGCACAGCUCCAGGCCUGCUGCUGGGAGCCACCUUGCCAACCUCUGGAGCCCUGGCUGUGGCUGAGGGCGUGGCCUCCAUGCUGUCUGUUGCCCCGCGAAAGAGCACCACAGGGAAGGUGGCCAUCCUGUCCAAGCAAGUGUCUCCACCCACCUCCAUCUAUGGCUCUGCCCAGGGUGGGCCCACAGAGCUCAUGCCUGCUGUGAGCCACCCUCUUGCUCCCUUGGUGACUGAACCCGAGGGACCCCAGGCAGGCACAGCUCUGCCAGUGCCCACAUCCUAUCCCCUGAGCCCUGUCUCAGCUAGGACAGCCUCCCGAGAGAGCGCGCUGGUUCUGUUGCCUCAGCUGGCUGAGGCCCACGGAACCUCGGCAGGGGCUCACCCCCCAGCAGAGCCUGUGGACAAGGCCACCACAGAAACAUCUGGGCGCUCAGCCCCAGCCCAGAGCAUCGUGGAGGGUUUGGCAGAGGCCUUGGCAACCACCACUGAGGGCAAUGCAUCCACCACCUGCGUCCCAAUCGCCGAGCAGGACUGCGUCCGCCACAUCUGCCUGGAAGGACAGCUGAUCCGUGUGAAUCAAUCCCAGCACUGUCCCCAGGGCGCUGCUCCCCCUCGCUGUGGGAUCCUGGGCCUCGCCGUGCGGGUGGGUGGGGACCGCUGCUGCCCACUCUGGGAGUGCGCCUGUCGGUGCUCAAUCUUCCCAGACCUUAGCUUCGUGACCUUCGAUGGAAGCCAUGUAGCUCUGUUCAAGGAGGCCAUCUACAUCCUCAGCCAGAGCCCAGAUGAAAUGGUCACUGUCCACGUCCUGGACUGCAAAAGUGCCAACCUGGGGCACCUGAACUGGCCCCCCUUCUGCCUGGUGAUGCUGAAUGUGACUUACUUGACCCAUCAGGUCACUAUUAAUCGCUUCAACCGAAAGGUGACUGUGGAUUCGCAGCCUGUGUGGCCACCUGUGAGCAGGUAUGGGUUCAGAAUCGAGGACACAGGCCACAUGUACAUGAUCCUGACUCCCUCACACAUCCAGAUCCAGUGGCUCCACAGCUCAGGACUCAUGAUCGUGGAGGCCAGCAAAGCCAGCAAGGCCCAGGGCCAUGGCCUGUGUGGUAUCUGUGAUGGAGAUGCAGCCAAUGACCUCACCCUGAAGGAUGGCUCGGUGGUGGGUGGGGCUGAGGAUCCUGCUCCCUUUCUGGACAGCUGGCAGGUGCCCAGCUCCCUGACCUCGGUGGGCCAGACCCGCUUCCGCCCAGACAGCUGUGCCACAACUGACUGCUCACCCUGCCUUCGCAUGGUGUCCAACCGCACCUUCAGUGCUUGCCACCACUUUGUGUCUCCAGAAUUGUUCUGUGAGCUGUGGAUCCGGGACACCAAGUACGUGCAGCAGCCCUGCGUGGCCCUGACUGUGUAUGUGGCCAUGUGCCACAAAUUUCACGUGUGCAUUGAGUGGCGGCGUUCUGACUAUUGCCCCUUCCUGUGCUCCAGUGACUCCACAUACCAGGCAUGUGUGACGGCCUGUGAACCCCCCAAGACAUGCCAGGAUGGGCUGCUAGGCCCUCUGGACCCAGAGCACUGCCAGGUGCUGGGUGAGGGCUGCGUCUGCUCCGAGGGCACCAUCUUACACCGGCGCCACUCCGCGCUCUGCAUCUCGGAGGCCAAGUGCGCCUGCACUGACAGCAUGGGGGUGCCGAGGGCCCUGGGGGAGACCUGGAACAGCUCCCUCAGUGGCUGCUGCCAGCAACAGUGCCAAGCCCCAGACACCAUCGUUGCGGUGGAUCCGGGCUGCCCCGGCCCCCGCCCUGAGAGCUGCCUGCGAUUUGGGGAGGUGGCCUUGCUCCUACCCACCAAGGAUCCCUGCUGCCUGGGGACUGUCUGUGUGUGUAACCAGACUCUGUGUGAGGGCCUUGCCCCCACCUGCCGCCCAGGCCACCGCCUCCUCACCCAUUUCCAGGAGGACUCCUGCUGCCCCAGCUACAGCUGUGAGUGUGACCCAGAUCUCUGCAAGGCAGAGCUGGUCCCCAGCUGCCGACAGGACCAGACCCUGAUUGCGGGCCGCCUGGGGGACUCCUGCUGCACCUCCUACUUCUGCGCUUGUGGUGACUGUCCAGAUCCCAUCCCCGAGUGUCAGGAAGGGGAGGUGCUCACUGUGCACAGGAACACCACAGAGCUCUGCUGCCCUCUGUACCAGUGUGUGUGUGAGAGCUUUCGCUGUCCCCAAGUGCAGUGUGGCCUGGGCACUGCCCUGGUGGAGGUGUGGAGCCCCGACCGCUGCUGCCCCUACAAGUCCUGUGAGUGUGACUGCGACACAAUCCCAGUGCCCCGGUGCCAUCUGUGGGAGAAAUCCCAGCUGGACGAGGAAUUCAUGCACAGCGUGGAGAAUGUGUGUGGCUGCGCCAAGUACGAGUGUGUGAAGGCCCCGGUGUGUCUGAGCCGCGAGCUGGGCGUGAUGCAGCCGGGCCAGACAGUGGUGGAGCUCUCGGCAGAUGGCGUGUGCCACACCUCCCGCUGCACCACCGUGCUUGACCCUCUCACCAGCUUCUACCAGAUCAACACCACCUCGGUGCUGUGUGACGUCCACUGCGAGGCGAACCAGGAGUACGAGCACCCGCGGGAUCUCGCUGCCUGCUGCGGCUCCUGCAGGAACGUGUCCUGUCUCUUCACCUUCCCCAAUGGCACCACCUCCCUGUUCUUGCCUGGGGCAUCCUGGAUCGCAGACUGCACCCGCCACCACUGCAGCAGCACUCCCCUGGGUGCCGUGCUUGUCCGCUCUCCCAUCAGCUGCCCACCGCUUAACGAGACCGAGUGUGCCAAGGUUGGGGGCUCCGUGGUACCUUCCUUGGAAGGAUGCUGCAGGACCUGUAAGGAGGAUGGGCGCUCCUGCAAGAAGGUGACCAUCCGCAUGACCAUCCGCAAGAAUGAAUGCAGGAGCAACACCCCUGUGAACCUGGUGUCCUGCGAUGGGAGGUGCCCGUCCGCCAGCAUCUACAACUACAACAUCAACACCUAUGCCCGCUUCUGCAAGUGCUGCCGCGAGGUGGGCCUGCAGCGGCGUGCUGUGCAGCUCUUCUGCGCCGCCAAUGCCAGCUGGGUGCCCUACACUGUGCAGGAGCCCACCGACUGUGCCUGCCAGUGGUCCUGAGGCCUGGGAGCCCCGGCUGGCUGGACCACCUCUGCCGCCCCAACUCUGUUUCCAGUUGGCCCAGUGAACGGGGAUAUUAAAGGUGGGAGAAAUCUGGCCCUUGCUGAGCAUGAAGUGGUGGCCAAAGGUCACAGGAGUGACCAGAAUGGGUCACCCCUGUCCACCCUGGCUCCCUUUCUGGGCUCCCCAUUUUCCACAAGUGGGAAAGUGACACAGGUGUGUGCUCAGGGAGCUCACCUCUGUCUCUGGCUUGAGAUGGAAAAUAGGCUUUAGGUCCAGGGGCAGCAGCCUCUGAACUUCUGAACCCUGGUCACAGCUCUUGGUGGAGGGGAUGAGAGUUGUGGGCAGGUACCUACAUGGGUACCACAAGACCAAGCACAGGGGCAGGCUUCAGUGGCCCAUUCUCUUGGCCUUUUUGACUACAGAAGUGAAGGGAAAGAGGGCUGUGCCUGCAGCACUCAGGCCUGCAGAUCGCUGCCCAGAAGAGUUCCCAAAAGCAAAGAUGGUAGAUUCCAGGGCCCAGGUCCUCUCACCGAGAUCUGUGAAGUCAGAGUGAGCUCAGUGACCUUCACAUCCCCUGUAGUCCCAAGAAAGGUGCCUGGUGUCCUGGCAUUGAUAUGGUAAUUCAGGAAAGGAUUUGGAAGACUCAAGCUGUACCUUUACCCCAAGACAACCUUCCCAGCAGGUGGCCGGCCUUGUGAGGUGGGGGGGGAGGGUGAAACCCUCAGCGAGGGCCCAGCACUACUCAUUUAGGGUGCUGAUCGGUGGCCCAUGCCUCGAGGCUCUAGGUUGCUGAGGGGGUUCCUUCAGCCUGUAAGUGCAGCUCCAGGCUUUGCAGUGCGCCAUUUCUCCAAGGCCAUGAAAGUCAAGCUCAGAGAAGCCUGAAUGUGGGUUUUGUGGCUCAGCCAGUGCCAGCGUCUGUGCACCAUGGGACUGUUUAGCAAGAGAGUGUCUGUUGGCAUCAAUGGAAAACACAGCCCCAGCAUCCCUGAGCACUUGUGAACUGAGCCUUGUCACUCAACCAGAGUGUCCCCUAAAGCCAGGGCCACAGCCCCUUCCACAACCCAUUCUGCAAGUCUCCCACCCCUGUGCCACUUUGUGCCAUGUAGAUCCAAAGGGCACGAACAUGAAGUUGUGCAGGCCCCAGCACUGCCCAGUGUGUCUGAAGAUGUGUGGCCUGGAUGCCCCUUGCAGUGAGGAGGCUGUGCCAGGAUGGUCCCCUGCUGUUCCCAAGCUUCUUUGUGCCCAUAUUUGUGUUCUGUUUAUGUGUCAAUAAAGGAAGACUUCAGGUCUUUGAGCAUC